UGUUCAAAGUCCCGCUAUACCUUAUUGUUAUUCAGAGAGUAAAAACUAAAUAAGACUACAACUACUUACUCUACUGUCAACUGUUAAAAACAGUAGUAUUUUUUUUAGUGUUUUUCAUGGUGGCAUUGCAGCAUGGUUACUCUUGUUUUUAUUGGAGGCGAACAGUAAGACAGUGUUUACUAACCUAUCGUUAGUGAACAUACUUUGGCUGACUCGUCAGCCCGUUGAUCUCGGACCAAAACAAACUCAAAGGAGGAAAAAAAGCAUUUGACUGAGGCGUCUGACUUUCACACUGCUGUUUUCCAAAUGUCGCGGCGAUUGAACAAGAGGUGCGAGGAGAAGUAAUUUAUCAUGCGGCUUGGAGACGCAGCUGGGCUUGUAGUGGUAGCCGCUAGCUAGAAUGCUAAUGUUCCGUAGCUAACGGUAACGUUAUGCCAGAUGACCCAACAACAGCAGCAGUAGUAGUAGUUGGGAAUAGAAGCCGCUGCUGCUCCUUUUUCAUUUGCCUUAACUCUCACCCAGCAUUACAAACGGGCCUGCCAUCUGGUUAGUUUGGUAGUUAGGCACCACGAAAACAGCGCAAACUAAUUUUCAGCGUUGCCUUUUACUGUCUAAAUUAAAAACUGAAGUAUGGGGAUGUGCUUACCGUGCCUUGGUGGAGCAGCGGACGACGUUGUGGUCACUCCAGAUCCUGAGACCAGGAGACAACAGUUAGCUGAAGCCGCCGAAAAAAGACAAAAAGAGACGGCAUACAGGGGUGUUAAAAAUCCAGAAGCAGUCGAAAGGAAAAGGAAAAAACAGGAAGAAGCUGAGAAACAAGCGAUGAGCACCUCUGUGUCAGGUGGUGGUGGCGGGCUGAAGUGGCAGAUGGGCUGAAAAUCCUGAUGGUAAAGUCUGAACUCGGAUGUCUAAAUAUAUAACGUAUUGCUGCAAGAUGACUUGAAAGAUGUUGGAACUGCUGUCCGUUUUUACUUUUUUCUUUUCUUUGCCUGUUAUGUAUCUGUGUCAUGUUAUGAGUCUGCAGCCGCUCAGGUGCAAAACAAUCCGUUAUUCGUAAGUUAUUCCACACAAAACACAGCAGAAUUUGCCAAGUUAUACAAACCAGUUUGUACCUUUGGACGAGUCAGGGGUGACACAGUAAUGUGCAAGCAAACACAAUUAUGUCAGAUUUGUGUGAAGAUUGAUUAGACACAGUGUUGCAGUACAGUGACUCCCAUUAGGUAACAUGGAGGAACAUCGCUAUAAAAUGCAGUUGUACAUCAAGACACAGCUUCCCUCACUGUGUUUGGUUUUCCUAGUCCAAGUUAAUUAUUCACCGUAUAUCCGGUAACGGUUACAUCGCCUUUCUGUUUCUCACUAGGCACCUUUUUAGCAUGAACUCACUUUGUGAUGGGCUCUGUUAUUUGGCAACUCAAAGACUAGUGCAAACACUGCUAACUUGACUAAUUUUACCCAACUCAUAAUGUGCUCUUUGCUCAUCACCGAGGCGAGUCAGUGACACAGACCACAUUGGGGUCAUUAUUUAUUUUGUGUGUUUGUAUUGGAAAAAAAAUGGGUGUUUUUGUGCUGAGAAUGUAGGUGGACUCUAUGUGGCGCAUCUAAUGCGGUGAUUCCUUGGUAAGCACAAAGUUUAUACUUGACAAAAACUGCAGCAGCUAAUAAAUACUGCUGAAUAAUGUAGAGCAACCAUAGAGCACUCUCCAGCCACUAAGAAUGAAAGGAUGUGCAAUAAAAGCCUUUUUGCAUAUGCCCUAGUUCUUCGCACUAGUCUUUGCCCUACUUUAAUAGAGCCCUGUUUUUUAAUUACUUUGUUUAUCAUGCACAGUUUUUGAGUUUGUUGCAUUGAAUUGUAGUGUAUGCAAACACGGAUGGAAUGGCUGCUUAAUCUAAAUGAGAAAUGUGUUUGUGAAUUGCCAUACUACAACUGAAGCUUUUGUUACACACCUAUUUGCACACCGUCAGCCAAUAUGCUCACUUUCGUUCGAAGGUUAAAGUCCACUACAAUGGAAACGAGACUGAAGGAAGAUGAAGGAGAAAACAGAUGUUUUAAGAUAUUUUCUUUGACUUGCUUGGCUGAGUGCGUUUCUUACAGCCUUCCUUAAAUGCUUCUGGUGCUCUUGCCAUUUUGUAGAAGAAAUCUAGCCAAUGUUAUUUGCUACAAUAAAUCACAUUUCUGCUA